AUGACGUCUCUCCAAUCCGACUUUCGCAGCCAUUUUGGCCUUGAAAACAUUCCCUUUGGAAUUGCUUCUUCAAGCAAGCACACAUCGCCGCAAGCAGCCACUCGCUUCGAGAAUAAUGUGAUCUUCCUUGCUGAUCUGGUGCAAUCUGUUUCUGAGUUGCAAACUUUGCCCAAUGGCAUUUUCUCACAACAGACGUUGAAUGCAUUUGCAGCACUUGGACGAACAGCUCAUAGACUUGUUCGGUCUGCCAUUCAGAAACUUAUUCAAGAGGGCAAGUUACCCGAGGGCAGCACUGAAGAUGUCUCAGCAUGUCAGAUGCAUCUUCCAGUCUCGGUUGCAGACUUUACAGACUUCUCAUGUUCUGAGUACCACAACCUCAAUGCUGGUCUUGCUGCUAUGGGAAGAAAGGGACUACCCCCUUCUUGGGGCUUCAUUCCCCCAGGCUAUGCUGGUAGAUGUUCAAGCAUCAAGAUCUCUGGAACUCCUGUGAGAAGACCCAUUGGUCAGUUCUGGGAAGAUAGUAUGGCAGCAUUGAGAGGCGAGAACAAGAAGGUUAUUUAUGGUCCCAGUCGCAGAAUGGAUUAUGAGCUGGAACUAUCAGCUGUGAUAGGCAAGCCUCUUCCAUACGGCCAGACCGUCACAGCAGAGAAAGCUGGCGAGCAUAUCUUUGGAUUUGUUAUGCUGAAUGACUGGAGUGCCCGUGACAUCCAGACAUUGGAGAUGAUCCCGCUUGGGCCCUUGAACUCAAAGAACUCGGGAACAACGAUGUCUCCAUGGAUAAUCACUUACGACGCGUUGGAGCCGUUCCGAGUCCACGGCCCAGGCUGGAAACAUACUUUGCCUCCCCACCUUGCUGUGGAGAAGGAUGAUCGAGGCCUGUCAAUCGAUCUGUCUGUCUUCGUUCAAUCGCCAGGGAACGAUGUGACUCGUGCUUGUGCAGCCAACAGUAGCGUUCUCGCAUGGUCUUUCGAGCAACUGUUAGCUCACCAAGGCAGCGCAGGUUGUGGUUUCCAAGCUGGAGAUCUGCUUGCUUGUGGCACUGUGUCAGAAGACUCGGACAGUGGGCGUGGAUGUAUGCUUGAACACAACCUUCCUCCACCAGCUGUACAACGUGGUUACCUUGCAGAUGGGGUUGUUGUUCAGUUCACAGCAAAAUGUGGCGAAGGUGUUGGAUUUGGUGACUGCCAAGCAGAACUACUGCCAGCUCUUUCUACAGAGAACUGGACCAGCGAGUAA